AUGGCAGCUAUGGGCCUCGCGACAAACACAGAGUCCGGCAACCCCGUCUAUCAGCCAGUAGCCCCGUGGCUCAACCGCAUCGUGUACGGGACCAAGAUCUCGACGCUGCAGCAAUGGUACUUCCAAAAGGCCGGCUUCGAGGCGUGGAAGUCGUACUUUUGGCCUCCCCCUAUACGACCCGACCUCAUCAAGCAGUAUGAUUGCAGGAAAGCCCUGCCCGUACGCAUCUUCUUCCCCUCCGACUACGACCAGACCUCGCCGCAAACCCUCCCAACCCUCGUGACGAUCCACGGCGGCGGCUUCUGCAUCGGCGUGCCCGACGACGACGACACCUGGAACCGCACCUUUGCCGACCUCAACGGCGCCCUCGUCAUCGCCCUGCACUACUGGAAAGCCCCCUGGGCGCCGUGGCCGCACGCGCUGCACGACCUCGAGGCGCUGUACCUCGCCGUCGUCGCCGACGAGUCGCUCCCCAUCGACAGGUCGCGCAUCGCCAUUGGCGGCUUCAGCGCCGGCGGCAACCUCACGCUGUGCCUGUCGCAGAUGAAGUCCGUCAGGGAGCACGCGACGGCGGCGCCCAAGGCCGUGGUGCCCAUCUACCCGCCGACGGACUUUGCGACGCCGUCGGCGGCCAAGAAGGACCGCCGGCCGUACAAGGUCGGCAAGCUGCCGGGCUUGCGCGGCCAGAAGCGCGACUUUGUGCUCGAGUUCGCCGACGUCUUUGACUGGAGCUACAUCCCCUACGGCACGAACCUGCGCGACACGCUCAUCUCGCCGCUGUACGCGGGGCGCGCCGACCUGCCGGCCAACGUGUGCAUCGUCGCCGCGGAGCUCGACUACCUCGCCUACGAGGCAUGGGAGCUGGCGUGCAAGCUCGGCGGCAAGGGGCGGCCGGCGGCCGGGGCGGUGGGGCGCGCCGAGGUGGCCGCGACGCAGGAGCUUGAGACCCGGGACGAGCGGUUCGCGUGGGAGGUGGCGGACGCGCGGGGCAGCGUCAAGUGGCUGCUCGUGCCGGACGUGAUCCACGCCUUCGACUUCCACGAGAUGGGGGCCGCCGUGUCGGACCCCGUGAGCGUGCGGGACGGCAACGCCAAGGCCGUCAAGGUGAUGAAGGUUGUGGGGGAGUGGCUGAGGCGGACGGCGUGGAAGUGA